AUGGGGGGGAAAAGCUUCAAUGCUUGCUUGGGGAAGAUCCUCGCUCGUUAUUCGGAUGAGUUGCAUUUCAUCCAGAUCGAUAAGGUCUUGUCCGACCUGCACGCCGACGGGAUCGUCGACUACGCGGAGUACAUCGAAGUCGGCAAGAAGAAUCUUAAGGAAAAGGUCCUGUUCAUCCAGGAGUGCCUGCCUCGAAGCAGGGAUGGUGCAUUCUCCACGUUCGUUGAGAUAUUGCGGAAGAGGAAUCACGUUGACCUUGCCGAAAAGUUGAAAGGAGAAUUGGAGAAGGCGUUAAAAGUCGAUGAAGAUCCCAUGCUCACGCGAGAUUCUGAGCAACCCAGUGCAGGUCCAGAUACUAGUAAGCUUUUGGACGUACCAAUCGCCGGUGCAGCACUCGAAGCCCCUCCACCACAGACGAGAACGUGUCAACAGAUGGAAGCAGCAUCUCAGGAUAUCCGCGAACCGGAUGCAGUACGCGGAAAGUUCCCAUCCAACCCAGCCACUCCGACAGAACUGUAUCCAGUUGAAGGUGCAAUGCGUGGCAUGCAGUUAUCGACUUCAACGCUCGAACAGUUAGAGUCAGAGUGUCGGUGCGGUAACGAUCUUGGCGAAGUCGCUUCUCCAACCGAGUGCCAGCGCAUUCAUGGAUUUGAUAUCUGUGAUAACCUCAAGAUUUGCACUGGAGGCGACAACGAAAUACCAUUCAUGGAAGGCGCUGAGCUUUACAUUCAGCAGCACUACCCUAAUGCAGGGGAAUGCCACUAUUCUCUCCCGUCUGGUCUUCUGCUGAAAGCCAAGAACUUCGACGAUCUCCUUUCCAAGGCGGAGGAGGAACUCACGAAACCCGAUGGAAAAGACGUUAUGCACCUUCCACUGGAGCACGAAGCCGUUGCUGUCAUUUUCAAUAGAUUAAAAGACAUAUGUGGUUCUGCUCCAUCUUUGGUGGUUGCCGACUACGUGUUUUCCGAGACUUUCAAUCGUGAUGGGACCUACAAUCAAACCCUUGACAAGAUGCCGACAGGUGAAAAAGAGAAAUUGAAAGAAGAUCAAGACAUUCCGGAGCUGAAAGAAGGUUCUCAUAAUAUUUUCUUUUCGUACACGAGCGGAGAUAAGGUCUAUAAUGUAUUCUUCCAAACGAGACAAAAUACUUCCCUGAAAUUAAACCGAGACACAGUCAAAAGAAUCAUAGCAAAAGCGAAGUACAUGAGUGCCGAAGACAGGGCUGUAUUCAAAGCAGUGUGCGGCUCCUUUCUGGAGUCCGCUGCGGUAGUUGUCGCUUUCCCAUCCUUCCCGUUCAUCGACCGGGGACAGUUGCACGAAGUUCUUCGCUGCGAGUCGUGCGAAAGGAAGGUCUUGACAGGAGAAGACGUGCAGAAUCCAGAUGCCCUUCGACGUUUCCUGCAGAAAAACGGCUUGCCCGAGCCGACCGCAACUGGUGCCGGAAGUACUCCCAGUGCUAAAAAAUUGUUUCGGGAGAUCUUUUCCCUCUACAUUUGCGCGUCAUCUUCGGUAGCCAUGCCACGAACCAACCUCCAGCUUUUCCAAGCCAGCAACAAACAAAUUGAGAGGACUCUGUGCAUCCUCACUCCUGAGCAGAAACGACUAGUGGACGAAAGAUCAUCUUGGCUCCUCCCAUUGGCCGGGGGAUCAGGCACUGGAAAGACCAUCGUUGUGAAGGAGAGAGCCAAGAGAUUAGCAAGGGAAGACCCUACUGGAGAAGUAUUAGUGGUGAACCUUCCAGGGGGGCGGCUCACAGAAGACUUCCGGUACGAAUUUCGAGGGGAAAAGAACAUCAAGGUUUUAGAUGGGAAGGAACAUGGAAUUAAAGAAGACCGUGAAGGAUUCUUCGCUUUCCUCCGCGAGCAAGGAGAAGCGAAGCAUGUUCUGCUCGACGAAGUCCCUCUCACUCUAGGGGUUCAAGGCCACAUGCAUGAUAAGAGCCUCUCCGAGGAAUGGGCGGAGAUAUCCAAUCUGGAGAAGCAUAUGAAGACUCUCACCCUAGCAUUCCGUCCGAAUGACGCAACGUACACGAGAGACAUCAAUCUCGAAAUAAUGCGGAUUGGAGGAGCAUCCAUGAACAUUCUGAAUGUAGUGAAGAGAAACACGAGGUUGGUAUCGGAUUUAUUUCUAGCCAUCGCGGAUUAUUCACGCCGAAUAUUUGUGUGCGAAGAACCUACCAUGCAAGACAUAGAUUUCUGCCAGUCCAACAACGAGUACCUGCCUACAUUGUUCCCCAUUCCUUCAUGCCCAAACAUACACGACUUUUGCGAGAAUGUAUCGACCUGCGAAGCAAUGAGAGCCUCUGUGGCCAUACUAAUGAUUCGUGAAUCCUCUGGAAGCGAAAAGCCUUUGUAUGUCGUGGUGGACUCCAAGGAACGACGAGAUCGGCUGAUUAAUAUCCUGGACCAUGUGUUCGACACUGAAGUUACAUGGAUGGAUUCCUACGAAAGAUUCCGUGGACCACCAGACUCUUCAAUCAUAGUAUUUACUGAUGCCCAGAUUCUUGGAUGCCAUCAAGACUGUGUGUUCGUUAUCAUGGAUCUGGCCGACUGCAAAUGGAGAAAUUAUAUCCGCAUGGUAUCCUCAUGUUAUGAUAAUGUGACAAUCGUUAUGGAGCAAGAAGCUCUGCGAACAGGGAAAUAUUUCCAAAUUGAGAUGACCAUGCCAGCCUUGAUGAAGGAAAAGACAAUGACUAUACAAGAAAAGUUCAUGGAUUCCCUGAAUAGGAGACUGGAACAGGCUUGGAAACUAAACGCAGAGGAAAUAGCACAUUUAGAGGAGAAAAAUUCACCAAAAAGGACUUUUUUCCUGAAGAGGGUGGAAAUCUUCCCCUCUGACAUUGACUGGAGUCACUCGAAACUCAAUGUCAUCUUCGGACCUCCAUCAUCGGGAAAGAGCAUGCUAAUAAUUGAGAGCAUCCAGAGGCUUCUUGAACCAGAUCAUGGAACGAAUCGUGUUCUCCUAUUGCAUAUGGGAGGCCCACUGAGCUGGAAAGUCUCACUGGAGUAUCUGCAUCCCUAUACUGAUAAGUUGGACGUGGUCCGCUGGGAGGCGUGGUCUCCACAGAACCUCAUCGAUAAUCAUGUAGUCGCGAUUGUUCGAUGGAAAUACCCCGAUUCGACCAUCCACGUGUAUGUCGAUGAUUACCUCAUCCAGGCCAAGAGCGCGAACGAGAUAAUUCAAAACUGGACCGAAAUACUGGAUGGAUUAAAAGAAAACGACCAGAAGCUGACGCUGACGAUUGCCUUUCAGUCGCAUUCAAGAUUUGGUCGAGAAGUCUUUAUGAAGGAACUGUCAUCAUUUUUUGAAAAAGUUGGGGCGCAAGAUGGGUGUCAAUUUUGCCGUGAAAUCGAUGGAGUUACUUCUCCAUCCGAAUGCCCUCGCGAAGCUGGAUGCGACGUCCGAGAUUACCUCCAGGUAAACGUGGAAGUUGGCAUUGAAAAACCAUUCAAGGAGUCAGCCGAGGAAUAUAUUCAACAGCAUUACCCCAAGGCAGGAAAAAUCCACUAUUCGCUUCCAUUGGGUUUCCUUCCCAAGAGUAUAACAUUGGACACCCCUUUUCGUAUGGAGAAUCGAAGUCUCGAGAAGAACGAUGGGGAGGAACGAGACCUUCCCCCCGAUGAUCAAGCGAUUGCAAUUAUGUUCGAUCGAGUGAAAGACGUGUGCGGCUCUGCUCCAUCUUUACUGCUUGCGGAUUACAAACUAUCUAAUUUGAACAAGGCAUUAGCAAGAGCACUUUCAGAGGUGGGGAAAGUGGAAGAAAAGACUCAAAGGAAUAGUACUCAUGACAUUUAUUUGUCAUAUCCUGCAGUUGAAGAGCCGCAAACCCCCACAAUUGAUUUCCAAGCUGCCCAUGCCCAAAUGCAGAGCAGUGAACUUAUUUGGGAUCCACAGCAGAUGCAAUUAAUGAACGAAGAUGAAAGAUCAUCAUGGCUCCUCCUCAUUGCGGGAGGAUCAGGUACUGGAAAGACCACUGUAUUGCUACAAAGAGCCAAGCGACUUGCAAGGAAUGGAAAAGUGGUAUUUGUGAACGUCGCCGGUGGGCUUCUCACUCAAAUCCUCAAUGCCAACCUCCAAGGUGAAAGUAAUAUCAAAGUCGUUGAUGGGCGAGAGGAAGGAAUCUUAGAAAACUUGGAAGCAAUCAUAUCAUUCCUUCAUGGGCAAGGAGAGGGGAAACAUGCACUGCUUGAUGAAGUCCCUCUUACUCUUGGAUAUCAAGGUGAUCUUGAUGAAAUGAGUCUCUCCAAUCAUUGGGCGAAGAUAUCCGCACUUAGAGGCGAUGACGUCAAGGUAAUUCUGGACCUGGGCUAUCGCAAGUGGAGGAAUUUUGUCCGCUUGAUAUCCUCAUGCCACGACAAUGUGAUAAUCGUUAUCGAGGAAGACGGUCUGCUAGGUGGGAAAUAUUCUGAGAUGAAGGUGACCGUAUGGGGCAUGGCACCAAACAAGGUUUUGGUAGCGGGAGAAAGUGGGUUUCGAGAAAAGAUGCAUGAAUAUUGUGAAAAUGUAUAUAAGUAUUCUGGAAAGGUAUGGCAAGAGGACAAGGAUAUAACACAAUUAAGUGAGAAUACAUUUAAUCCGACGAUCGCUCCUGAAAGCACGAAGAAAGUAUUCCAUGAGAGCCAUGCAAGUGGUUUCUGUUCUGCUAUCGCCUGUAAUCCAUCGCGGACGUCUGUCAUCUUUGGGCCACCUUGCUCAGGGAAGAGCAUGGUACUGUUACAAAGCAUCCAGCGUCUUGCUGUAGAAGGUCAAGAUGAUAAUCUCGUUUUGCUGUUGAACAUGGGAAGUGCUCUCAGCUUGCAAGUUUCGCGAGAUCUUCUUCAGUGGAAAGCUGCUACCCCGCAUGUAUUUCAAUCAGAACCGUUGUUUCCUAAGGAUAUCAUCAACUUCAACGGAUUGCAAGAUUUGCGCCAUAAAUAUCCCCAUGCAACUAUUCAUAUCCAUGUGGAUGAUUACCUCAUCCAAGCAAAGAACACAGAAGAAGAAAUUAAAAAUUGGGUUAAGGUUCUGGAUAAUUUAAAACAAAUGGAUCAGAAGCUGACCCUGACGAUUGCCUUCCAGUCACAUUCAAGAUGGGGUCAACAAAUCUCAGGGAAGAAAUUGGGAGCUUUUUUCGGGAAAAUGGCUGCGCAAGUAAUCAUUCUCCCAGAAUUUAGGGUAUUGCCUAGUUUUACAAGCAACUGCCUCCUCACUCACAUAUUCGAGCACGAGAACCGCACCCCUCUGGGGCUUGUAGCAAUGAGCCUCUCGACGGAGUCUUUCCCGGGUGCCAUCGCUCGUGGUCUGAAACCCAAGUACAUUACUAUGACGUACUGCUGUACAGGCAAUCACUUGAGUUAUAGUUGCAAAGGACAGAAAGAUUGCUCGGUAUACAUGGUUUCGAUUAUUUGCUUCCGCUACGCCCUGAUGCUGGUGUCGACUGUAGAACUCAUUCACGUUCUGGUUUCAGAUAUGAAACUGCUCACCAUACUGCAAGCAAUCAACGAAGAACCUUCUCGAAUACUUUUUCUUCAUCCCCAAGAUUUUAGAGGAUGUGAAUGCUAUGUCUCAAUCGCUGUAAAUGUGGAAGAUUGUUGGCUCCUGGACAGCUUAUCCAGAGCGCGAACAAAUCUCAUCAUCAUCGAUUCCUUACCAGAUCAUCAACAGGUGUGGCGCAUAAUGGAGAAGGAUGGAUUAGUUGAGGUUCAUGAAGUCACGGAAGGCAUUCAGAUCGACAAAGAUACCCUCUUCAAACUGGAUUCCGUUGGACGCUUCCUUAGGAGGAGAAACAUGGAUUACGGAGAGACAAUGAACCGUUUAAAAGCCAUAUUCUGCGACAGUAUCUCAAAGAUGGACGUGACCCUGUUCCUUAAUAAGUUAGCGGAGAGGAACCUACUGUCAAAGGCACAGGAAAGGGAUCUAAAGUCCUCAAGAAAAGGCUUCAGAAAGAUUGACAGCAUUUUCCACAUCCUCCUGGCUAAAAAGAAACCUCUGCCAACGUACAAAAAUAUUAUUGAGAUUCUGGAAGAAAUGCACAGAACUGAUAUCAUUGGGAAACUUACGGAGCCAGUGGCUUACACGGCAGGACUUGAUGCAGAAGAAUAUUCCUACGUGAACAUUUCAACUCAUCCAAUCUGA